CCGGAGGCGGUGGGGCCGGGGAUUUCCGGCGAGGAAGAUGGCGGCGCUGGGGAGGGCACUGCGGGCGCUGCGGGCCGGCGUUCGGGGCCGCUCGACGGGACCCGCUGGGUCCUUGGCGCUGCCGCGGGCGCCGCUGGGAGCCGAUCCCCACGAGGAAGAGCCGAUGUUGGUGGCGCAGAGGAAGAACCCGGAUUACCACGGCUUCUCCGCCGAUCCGGAUGUCGAUGUCCUGAACAUGCGGGCGGUUUUCUUCGCCGGCAUCUCCGUUGCCAUCGUCCUCGGCUCCGUCUUCAUCCAUUACCUGCCUGACUAUGGGCUGCAGCAGUGGGCCCGGCGGGAGGCUGAGCGGCUCGUCCGGGAGCGAGAGAGUCGGGGGCUGCCCCUGCUGGACUCCAACUACUACGACCCUGCCCGCCUGGCCCUGCCCCCCCCCGAAUGAACUCUGGAUGCCUUGGUUCCCUCCUGGACACCUGGGUGCCCUUUGUGAGAGGAGGUGGGGGGCAGGGUUUGUUCCUGCUGUUAAUAAAGCAUUGGGGGCUCUGCUGGA